AUGGGAAUAGUUCCUAAAAAUGUUGAAUUCAACAAACAAUUAGUCAAACGAUUGUAUAAUUAUGAUAUCCAACACAUGAAAGAGCUUAACGGUUACGAUGACCGCAACUAUCACUUGAUUACUACCGACUCAAAGGAGUUUAUAUUAAAGAUCACUAAUAAAUUGGAGUCCAGUCAAGAGGGACUGUUAGAUUCUUUAAAUUCUUUAAUUCUUCACUUAUAUAAUAACGGUUUCAAAGUGACAGUGCCUCAGAUCAAUACAAAUGGUAAAUAUUUAUCAUUUGAAGACAUACCUCAAGAAGGACAACAAGAAAAUGCCAUCGAAAAGCCUUAUGGAGUCAGACUCUUGGAGUAUAUUCCGGGAGAACUACUCAGAGGAAUUCCAUUUACACCUGAAAUACUCGAAGAAUGUGGUCAAGUAUUGGCAAAAAUGACUAUUACUCUUCAAUCAUAUGAUAGCGAUGUCCUUCAGAAACGAACAACUGAAUGGUCAUUAUUGAGAGCACUGGAUGUCCGUCAAUAUAUAGAUGAUGUAGAAAGUGAAGAAAACAGAUGUAUAGUCCGCCAAAGUUUGGAUGAAUUUGAGAGGACAGUCAUGUCUCGCUUACAUGAGUUCAAACACUGUAUAAUUCACGGAGAUUUCAAUGAAAUGAAUAUAAUUGUUGAUAAAAAUUUGAAAAUGGGAAAUGACUAUCAUGUGAAGGGUAUCAUUGAUUUUGGUGACUCUCACUAUGCGCCCCAACUGUUUGAUCUGGCCAUCCAUUUGUGUUACAGUAUACUAAUGUUUACGGCAGGACCGGUCAUAUAUGCUCCAGCAUUUGGACUCAGGGGUUAUCAAAAAUUUGUAGAUCUCAAUAAUAAUGAACUCAACGCUUUAUAUAGUUGUAUAAAAGCUCGUCUCUGUCAAUCAUUAGUAUUGGGCGCCCAUUCAUCCAAAUUAGAUCCAACCAAUACUUAUGUAUUGACAACAGCCAAGACUGGAUGGUCAGCUCUUAAAGCAUUACAUGAUUGCAAUCCAAAAGAUUUGUUAAGUAAAUGGCUUAACAUUGAUAAAUAUAUGUAA